CUUCUAGUGUGUAACUAUCAAAAUUUUUCGCAUUUUCUUUGGCCGAAGUGGCGUCAUUGUUUUGCAGCGGUGAUGUUUUGAUUCAUUUUUAAGAAAAUACUACUUUUCUUCUUGAAAUUACGCGAUCCCAGUAGCCAUGGACUUGAACUCCAGUGUUAAAAACGAAAGCCAUUUUGAAUACUCCGCCAACUCCAGUUUGGAUUUGGGCUGCGAUCAAAAACGUAGAAGCUCAUCGAGAUCCAUCAAACGAAAGCGUUUUGACGACGAAAUUGUUGAGUACAGUUUGGGUAUACCUCCAACACAAGUGAAAAAUCCCGUCGGAGUUGUUGCACCCGGACGACCUCGAACCCUUUCGCAGUCCCAGUCGCAACCGCUUUCGAGCGCAGUAUCAAUUCCUGGAACAGCUGUAGCGACCCCUACUGUAUCGAUUGGAGCAAGUGCUGCUGCAUUGAGCACUGUUAGUGGAAUUGUGACUCCAACAUCAACUAUUCCAUCUCAGCAGAAUCUGAAUUCUGUUGCUCCAGUUGUUCCUAGUUCUUCUAUAGUGGAAUCACCCGUUAUACAACCUUCAACACCAGUCACACCGCAAACUCCACUUUCUGCUGUUGUUGCUCCUAGCCCGAUGUCGAUUCCGUCAUCAUUAGCGCCAAAUCCGGCCACCAGUUUGCUCCAACAACUCAAUUCAAACGCAUCAGUCAAUGAAAAGAAAAAAAGUUUAAAAAAUACCAAAAAGAACAAGAAAAAGGGAGGUGGGCAAACAUUAGCGACGAAAGAUUUGGGAAGAUGGAAACCGGUGGACGAUUUAGCCCUUAUAACGGGAAUUUUACAGACAAACGACUUACGAAUGGUACACCGUGGAACCAAAUUUUCUUGCAAAUUCACUAUCCAAGAAAUGCAAGCCCGAUGGUACUCGCUCUUGUAUGAGGAAUCUAUUUCCGGCAUUGCCGUGACGGCCAUGAGGAAUUUGCAUCCUGAAGUAGUAGAGAGUGUUCAAAGUAGGGCACUUUACUCCAUCGUUGAAGAAGAUCUGCUGGGGAGCAUCAAAUCCAAUUCUAAUCCUACCAUAGAAACGUUCCAGGAGCUGCUUGAUAAGAACUCAACUAUAUUCUAUCCAGCUCGUACGGCCAAAUCCUUGUAUGCUCAUUGGCAACUCAUGAAGCAGUACUCUCUAUUGCCAGAUCAAUCCGUUCAAUCUUUACCGAAAAACGACAAUAUUCUAUCGUUUUCGGAUGCCGAAGAGCUCAUAAAUGAUUCCGAACUAACUGACAAUCGAGACGACACCCUGGAAGUCGAACUUGCACUCGCAGAUCGCAAAAACAAGAAAGAAAUUCGCAGUCUGGAGAACGAACUUUCUCGUUGGAAUGUUUUGGUUGAUUCUCUGACCGGAAUAGGAUUUUCGCCGGAUUUCGACAAUCAAACCUUGGCGGUAUUACGCGGCCGUCUGGUGCGAUUCCUGAUGCGAUCAAGAGAAAUCGUUUUCGGCCGGUCAACUAAAGAUGGAAUGGUAGAUGUCGAUUUUUCAUUAGAAGGACCAGCGCUAAAGGUUUCCCGUAAACAGGGUACUAUCAAAUUGCGCAGCAAUGGAGAUUUUUUCAUCACAAACGAAGGCAAGCGGCCUCUCUACAUUGAUGGAAACCCUCUGAUGCUCGGCAACAAAACCCGGCUCAAUAAUAAUUGUGUCAUUGAGAUCUCGAGCCUCCGUUUCAUAUUUUUAAUUAAUCACGAUUUAAUAAAUGCCAUUCGACAUGAAAGUGCAAAGAUGAAUAUACCAUUGAAUUAAAGCUACAUUAAUGCAGCAGUGUUGUGUACGUUCUAACUUUAAGCAUCUUCAAACUUUUCAAAAUACUAAUGUAUUAGGUAUAACCACGAAGAUCAA